AAAGUAAACAAUCGUAAUAUUAGUUUCCUUAUGAGAGGAUUUACUCCAGCACGGCUUUGGAAUCCAGCUUCCUGGGCCUUCCCAAGCUAACCUGGAGGCAUAGACCUCUAGUUAGUAAAGGACCGGCUACUAAGGCCAUAUGUGCGGCCACGCGGCCAUGAUAACCCUACUUCUCGCCAACCUAUUUCAGGAACCCGGCGCACUGCUAACCAACCACGCUGGUGCGCUAUCAAACUGUGCCUGCUGAUAUGUUUCAAUGUGCUUUUAAGUACUACAAAGCGAAAAAGCCUCCUCCUUCGCUCAAUCAUGUGUUACUAGUUGGCGACGAUAGCUACCCGUUCCAGGCGAUUGAAGCAAACUUUAUCGGUGGAACAUGGGACGCCUCCGUUUUUCGACCGGUCCAAGAAUGGCAAAUCUUUAGGGUAACUACCCGGCCCGGUCUGUUUGUCAUUGCCAAUCCGUUUACUCCAGCAGGCCAGCGCCACUGGAUGGCGGCCAGCUUGAUCGACUAUCCCGCUCACCCAAACACCACGAACCUAUCUGCCAUAGAUGGCGGUAACCGGUCGCUCGGCAAUGGAUGGUGGCAAACGUUGAGUACAAUGAGCAAUUCGUUGGAAAGACGGAAAUUCGCAAGCAAGUUGCGUUGGUCCACACUGGGAUAUCAGUACGACUGGUCGAACAAGGUGUAUGCGGAGAGCAGAAAGCAAAUGUUUCCACCAGACCUUGCCAAAUUAGUUAGAACCAUCGCGGCAGUCCUCGGAUUUGAACGUUUCUCACCGGAGGCGGCUAUCGUUAACUACUACCCUGUCGGAACCACACUCGCCGGACACACCGAUCAUUCCGAGGACGAUUUGACGGCACCACUGCUCUCGUUAAGUUUUGGACAGCCUGCUGUGUUUCUCAUAGGCGGAACCAGUCGGGAUGAGCAGGCGGACGCGAUCCUACUACGAAGUGGAGAUGUUCUUGCCAUGACCGGCGCCAGCAGGCAGUGUUAUCACGCGGUUCCGCGUGUAUUUCUCGAUUCGGAUCUACCAGAGGGCGUGGGCAAAUGCAAUGACCGGUGGAAACCCACGAACGAUGGUAGUUCGGAGACAGAUCCGAUUUGUGAAAAAGAUUGGAGCUUGAUUGACGAAUACGUCCAACAAUGCCGAAUCAAUAUUAACGUGCGACAAGUGUUAAAAGAGAAUCAGCAGGUUCUGGACAGCUCGAAGAAUGCGGAGGUUAGUUAAUAUUUUUGUAAGUGUGUGGUAUGCGUUAAUGAGUUGGCCUAGCAUGUGUGUCUUAGGGGUGCACGGAGGUUCAACCGUACGCUUCUAAGUC